GAUAACAAUAACCAGGUUUUUUGUUUUUUUAUCUCUUUGCUCUAGAGUCAAUUAUAUCUUUGGUGUAAAUUCUGGAAAUUAUUAUAGUUUCUUAAAAUAACAAGUCUUCCAGUGUGACUCUUCACUUUUAAUGAGUCCUCGAUCCUUGCAAUCCUAUGAAAAGCCGGAUGAUACUAUUGAAUUAGAUCAUAAUUCAGAUUUUGUCAUCUUAGAUUCACCUUCAGUUGAUAAUUUUGUGGAUAAUCUAUUAAAUCGCCGUCCGCAAGAUAAUCAAAACAAUCCAGUGACUUCAACUGAAACUUCAUCGGACCAAUUAACAGAAUCAACUUUGGAAUCAGAAAUGGGAAUAGACGUGAUUUCAUCUGCUUAUGCUGCAUUAGUUGCUGCUGGAGGAGUUAUUGGUUAUGUAAAAGCUGGCUCAAUUCCAUCUCUUGCUGCCGGACUCUUCUUUGGUAGCACAUUAGGAGUUGGUGCUUAUAUGACUUCAAAAGAUCCCAGCAAUUAUUAUUUAACUUUGGGUACAUCAACUCUGCUCACUGGACUGAUGGGCUAUCGUUUCUACAAUACCGGAAAAUUUAUGCCUGCUGGUUUAAUAGCUGCUUUAAGUGUGGCAAUGGUCUUAAACAUUUCUUUCCGAGCUGUUUCUGGACCGGCUCAACAUGUUAAAAAGUAGAAAUACUUUGAUCAGAACGGGCAAAAUAUAAUUUAAUCUAAAAUUGGUUUUUGUAUUUAAAAUUAGAUUAAGGUCUAACGUCUAUCUUUUAAAUUCGUUUCUUCCUGAAGCUUUUCUCGAAUUAUUUUUCUUUUUCACUUUAUUCUCUAUAACAGGGAACUUAAAAUAAGCUUAUUGAUAUAAUGUUAAUUUAAAUGACCAGAAGAGAAGAAGAAAAUUAUCUCUAUGAAAUUUAAUUCAUCUUGGGAAUUUCUGUAAUACUAUUGUUGAACAGUGUUAUUGUUGUCCAAAAUUAUUGAGACAGAUUUAAAUAAACUGUGAGAUUUCAGAUUAA